AUGGAAUAGAGUAUUUAUUAUAUUUAAUUAGUAUAUUAUAAAAGCCAUAAAAUAUCGAAUUAAAAAUUUAAAGAAACUAAGUAAAUCAUCAAUAUUAUUACUAGAAUUUUUGUGAAAGAUAAAAAUCAAUCUCAAGAAGAGGGACAUUCUAAUAUUUUACUUGAAUUCUUAAUUCAAUUAUUUUUAGCUGAUAGUAUUUAUAAACUACAUGCCCUUGUUAAUAAUUGA